UCUGAGGGCUGCAGCUGGUCGGUGCACAGAGCGCUGGUCACAGCAGCCGCAGCAGCGUCCUCUGGACUCGGGACGCGGAGUGAGCGACAGCUCCCCAUCCUGCUACCCAGAACACGGGCACGGGCAGGGGGACAACCACAACUUGAAACUGACACAGACCCCAAAACAGACUCCUGCUUCUACUUCUUCUUUUUUUUAAAUGAGUAAUAUACUUUAAAUAAUGGCUUCAUCCGUGAGCGGCACAGAGGAGGUCCGGGUGUCUGCGUGGACGCCCCUGAAGUUGGUGGGACUGGUGUGCGUCUUUCUCGCCUUGUGCCUGGAUGCCGGGGCCGUGUUGAGCCCGGCGUGGGUCACGGCGGACGACCAGUACUACCUGUCCAUGUGGGUGUCCUGCUGGAAGCCCGUCAGCUCCGCGGAGUGGUCCUGCAACAGCACGCUGGUCACCGACUGGCAGAUCGCCACACUGGCCUUGCUGUUGGGGGGGUCGGCCCUCACGCUGCUCUCUUUCCUCGUGGCGCUGAUCUCCCUGUGCUCUGGCUCCAGGAGUCGCUGCUACAAGUCAGUGGCCGUCAUGCUGUUCUCCGCAGUGGUGCUCCAGGUGUGCAGCUUGGUCCUCUUUCCCAUCAAGUUCAUAGAGACGAUCACUCUGAGGGUGUACCACGAGUUUAACUGGGGCUACGGCCUGGCCUGGGGAUCCACCAUCUUCUCCUUCGGAGGAGCCAUCCUCUAUUGCCUCAACCCCAAAAACUAUGAAGACUACUACUAAAAUGUGUGAGACAAGAGGAGAAAUUGAGACUGUUUCCCCCGGUGUCCUUUCAGUAAUAGGAACCUUCAGUCCGUUACACAGUGCACAUCCACAGACAAGAAAAACAGGACAUACAAACGCUUAUUGGUAGUUUCAGGACUAUAAAUUAGCUUUCAUUUGAUACUGUGAACUUAUUGUCUCAAAGAAUAUUCUCACUCAUUGGACUGAAGCCCCGUGCUCUCUCAGAACGUUUGGCAGCAAACCAAGUGGGGAAAAUAAAUCCGACCCAGCGAGUUUAAUUUGGGAGAGAAUUGCAGUCCUCGGAUAACCGUGUGUCCCCUUUAAGUGGAACUCCAGUAGGUCUUACAUUUGGCCAGAAAAUCUAGAGGGGAACAGAUGGAUUUAUAAACCACAUACCAGGACGACUUGGUGGUAUAACCAUUCAGAGCAGAGCAUGACGUAAACCCGGGCCAAUCAAGGAAGUAACGGACCCAAGGAGGCCUGUUGAAGUGAUAUCCCGAGGAAGACAAAGUGAGGAAGACAAGGCACAUCUCAGGAAAUGCUACAUUUCCCGUUACACUACCACUGGAACUUGGCAUUGCCUUCUUCCUCCAGUAGAGUGUAAUAGAUUAGUGGAAGCAUGUCAUGAGGCUCCAAAUACGUGUCUUCAUUUUCUCUUGUCAUAUCCGAGUGUAUUAAAAUCUUCAGAGAUACUGUUUAUAAACAGAAGCUACCUAAGACAGUAGAAACAUUCAACAGCCACAUCCAAACGUUAACAUACUGGUGAGACAAACAUUUACUGGUUAAUGAAGAGCAGAGCGGUGAAGCCUGACUGCUAAUAUAAACGUGCAACAUAACCCAAGUUAUACCUGCUUUUUGAUAACAUGGUUGUGCUACAUGCAAGUAUGUGCAAUAAGCAUAAAAGGUAAUAUUUACUGCAAGAAGACCAGUGGGAAGGAAGAUGGCAAAUGACCAUGUAUGCCGAGUGUGUCAUAUCUCCAUGAUCAUACGACCCAGCAUGUGCUCACACACACACCUCCCUCAUGUGAUGCCUCCAUAUCUUCACUCCCUGUAGGGAAAGGGAAUGCACCCAGCAGUAGAAGCAUCCAUAAGAACACCACAACACAAUUCAGCUGUAGCUUAAAUGGAUUGUAGUUAUUGAAAAAAAGUCUGUAGACUUAGUUUUUGCAUCCAUCCACAUUUAGGUUCUUGUUGAAGAACUUUAGGAGAUGCUGGCGUGAAAUAUGCUGUGCAUGAUUUGUGUUAUGAGGACGAUGGGAUCAAUCGAGCAGAAAAUGGAAAGUGUAAAACCUGAAGGACAGUGGCAUCACGACAGGUGAGACCUGUGGCAGCAGGAGAGCUGCACUGGUAAUAACUCAAACCGCAUUUCAAAACGUGGUGAGAAACUUCUCCAACUUCCUCUUGCAACUUUAGAGAAAGUGAAUGAGUGAGUGUGUCUGUGCAUGUUACUACCGUUUGCUGCUGUGUUUCGGAUUACUGGUUUAACUACUUAAUAAACAUGUACUGG